AUGUCACAAUUUCCGACCACCAACGAGACCUUUGCGACCCAGCCCCCGCCGUCCCACCACAUCCACGACUCCUCUGACGUCCUGCCGGGUGCGCGCGGCGCCGCCCAGGCCGCCCCCGACUACAGCGCGGACGUAACGAACGACUCGGGCGUAUGGCAGGACCGCAACCAGCGCGAGUUCGGCGCGGGCACCGACACCGGCGCCGUCAUGGCCGGCGGCCAGCAUUCCACGAGCCCUGAGUCCUUCGGGGACACGCAGGGCGGCCGCACCGCGUUCAACGAAGACCGCCCGAUGGGCGUCGAGCCGACCGAGCGCGGCGGCGUCGCUGUGGGCGGCGACCCGAACCUCCCAGAGGGGAAGGCGAAGCUGGCGGACAAGAUCAUCGGCAAGACGCAGAAAGUCGCUGGCAAAGUGAUGAGCAAGCCGGCCAUGCAUGAGAAGGGUGAACUUCGCGAGGCCGGAGGCAAGGCCGCCGCGCAGGGCCAGGCUCGUGCUCCCCAUGACUGA